AUGGCCACUGCAGCAAGUGUACCCUACGUCCCUGGGGCCGCUUCCCAAGCUCCGCACCCGCCCGCCGGUCCGUCCUCCUCGGCCCCACGUGAAGCGCACCUCUUGUCGCUCAAAGUCCUGCGCACCGCUCGUCCUUCGUUGGUCCCUACGAUGCCUCAUCUCUAUUACGAGAAGGACACAUUCGCUGGGGAGUAUAUCCAAGAGUUGAAUGUCGAGGGGAGUGUGCCGAGGGAGGAUUUGGAGAGUGUGGCGGGGGCACAUACGGGGGCGCUGAUGCUGCCGAGUACGUUUGGGACGAUAUAUCUGGGGUCAGUUCUUUUGCAUUGGGUCGUUGAGGUUUGACGGUGGAACAUGUUGGCUGACGUGAUCGUUGAACAAACAGUGAAACGUUCUCGGCGCUGCUAUCGCUCUCGAACGAGGCCGCCCAGGCUUCGAACCCCACCUCAUUAGUCGCCAUCUCCCCCACACUCAAGGUGGAGAUACACACGAACCCACCACCCAACGCACCACCGGGUUCUAAACACCUACUCAAGACCGUCACACUACCUUCCUCCGACCCGACGACCUCAACCUCGAUCCCUCCGGCAGCGAAUGUCGGCCUUGUCCCGGGCAAGAGCAUGGAAGCGAUCGUCUCGCACGAGAUCAAGGAAUUGGCCCCGCAUUCACUGGUGUGUACCAUCUCCUACGGCGUAAGGUGGACGAAUGAGGCGGGAGUGGAGGAGGCCAGAUCGAGGAGUUUUAGGAAGGUGAGUGGUUCGAGUCUUAUCGAGGAAACGAGGGAAAAGUGGGGCCCCCUAGAGGCGUGAAGAAACUUGAGCUGACUCAAUGACUUUCUUGAUACAAAUUCAGGUUUACAAGUUCCAGGUAAGCACCAGACGGGCCAAGCCCGGAGCCUAUUUUGGUAUUGACAAUUGUCGAUCAUGGGGGUUUCCCUUGCGAUAGGUCUCAAACCCACUCUCCGUUCGGACCAAAGCCCACUCGCCAUCACCCUACACCGCGUCCUCUGCCCUGUCCCGAACCGAACGCGACAAGCUCUUCCUCGAAGUGCAGGUACAGAACCAAGGAGAACAUGUCAUGUCGUUCGAACGAAUGCGUUUCGAUCCUUUGCCCGGGUGGACCGUUCAGGAUCCGAAUCAGGGUGUCUUCGCUGGGUCCGAGACGUUGUUGGGGCCCGGAGCGGUGAGACAGUAUUUGUACCUGCUGGAGAUGGGGGAGAACGUCGAGCGCGUCGAACCGGGAGGAAGUCAGGGACUUGGGCGGUUGGAUAUUGUGUGGAGAACGCCGAACGGGGAGCUGGGGAGGUUGCAGACGUCGAUGCUGGGCAGGAGGGUACCGCAACUCGCACCGCCGCCCGCAAACCCGACACCGGCGAACAGAGCGCUCGCACCGGCGCUUGCACAACCGCCACCAAUACGUGCCCCGCCAUUACCUUUGACAAAUAACGAGCCAGGUGCAAGCAAUCCCGUCAAGGAAAUCAAGGGUCCGGCCCCAUAUCUUCGAUCGCCGAGGCUCUCACCCAAACCUGCGCGAACAUCAAUUGACCACCCCAUCCCUCAGGGCAUGCAGGAUGUACCACCCCCGCCUCCACCACCUUUGGCAGGUCUCGUGCCCGACUCGACUGCGCUCACCUUUGAUUUAACGACCAAGGUUGUUCCGGCUCUUCGAUCGGUCCCAUUGCAAACGCCAUUUGACGUCGAAAUGGAUCUCACGGUCAAGUUCAAUCCUCCAGCCCCACCGCCAGCCGAGGCUGGUGAAACGAGUGCGCCGCCGAAACCACGGCGGUUGAAACUCGCAUUCCAACACGUUCGCCAUCCUUUCGUCCCUCCAUCACCUCCACUUCAAUCAACUAUGCCAUCAGCGAACGCGGUGUUGACGAUCCCUGGCUCUAUGCCUUCUGGUUCCGGGCCGGUCACGACGACCCCUUUACCGAAUCGGACACCGGUUGAGAACCUCCAAGGCGAAUUUGAAACGACUACAACGCCCACUCGCGCUCAGAUCGCUUUCGAAGGGAUUGUCCUCCCUCGGCCCGUUCCUUUAGGACCCGUACAAGGUCCUUACCGGCCUUCGCCGAACGUGCAAUUGCUCGGAUCGUCCUUGAUCAUCUUGCCCGAGGUGACGUUAACCUGCUCGAACCUGAGUCAAAGCACUGAGCCAGGACCAGUCGUGAGCAGUGAGGUCCUUCGAACCAAGUUCAAAUUCAUUGCGAUGAGUCAAGGUGGUCUACUCAGGGUUGGAGGGGUGAGGGCUCUGUUGCUUGAGAAUGAGGAGGAGGGGGUCGGCAGCGCGAGUUCGGUGGUGGCUGGACGAGAGAGGAGGGCUAGAGUUGUUGGGGAAUGGGAUGUGGUGGCGGAAAUUUGGGUACAGGGGUCAUAA